AAAGUAGUUCAGUAGUUCCCGGCUACCCGCCGCGCUAGGAUCUAGGGUUAGGACUGUCGCUCCGCAUCCUUCCAAAUUCAGUACCGUUCGUUCCUACGAUCGUCGAAGGAACUUCAAGUCGGCGUAAUAGAAUAAAAGAUAAUGGCGAAACCGCAAGACCUCAGGGAAAUCGAUCGGAAAAAAUUCAAGGAGUUCUUAGACUCGUUUGAUGUCAUUCUUACAGACUGCGAUGGAGUUAUUUGGUUCCUCUCUACACCGAUCGAAGGGGCCAUUGAAACAUUGAAUUUGUUGAAGACACUUGGGAAAAAAAUCUUUUUCGUUUCGAAUAACUCUUUAUCUACGGUGGAACAGUAUUGUCAGAAACUCGAGUCUUCGGGCUUUCAGGCUACUCCGAAUCAAAUUAUAAUACCAGCAAAAGUGAUUGCGUGGUACUUGAAAAAACUGAAUUUUGACGGUGAAGUUUUUACUAUAGGCUCUACUCCGUUUCAAAAAGUUUUAAAGGAUUCUGGAAUUAAAUUGGCAGACUCGCCACCAUUAUCUGUCAUGGAAGAAUUAAGUACGGUACGAGAGCAAAUAAGCGAUAGACCAUCUAUAAAAGCCGUAGUAUGUGAUUUUGAUUUAGACUGCAAUUGGAUUAAAUUGACGCGAGCGAUCCUGUCUUUGCAGAAACAGAAUACUAUUUUCCUAAUGGGAGCACAGGACAAAUUUGUACCUUUCAGUAAAAAUGUGGCACUACUUGGACCUGGGCCACUCACCAAUAUCGUAACAGAGUUGAGCGGUAGAAAUCCGAUUCCUUGUGCUAAACCUAGUAAAGUUCUUAAAGAUUUCAUCCUUGAACAAUGUGAAAUUAAUGAUCCUAAAAGGUGUCUUUUUAUUGGUGACUCGCCUGACAGCGACAUGCAAUUCGGAACAAUGUGUAACUUUCAAAAGCUUUUUGUGGAAUCAGGAACAGGUAGGUUAGAAGAGUGCACAAAAUGUGCCGAAAUAACACCUGAUUAUUACCUUCCCGAAUUAAGCCUCUUAUUGCCUGUGCUCCGUCAAUUUCUUGAGCCAUCAAGAAACUAAUCCGGAAUUAAAUUUUCAUAUUACUACUGAAUUAUUUAGAUAAUUAUUUACAAUCAAUGUCAUAAAUCCGAAUAUAUCUGUAAUUACCUAAGUACAAAUAUAUUUUGUAGUAAACAUUCCACAUAAACUUAACCGCGUACUAAGGUUAUGAUAGAUCGGCGUACUAAGGUUAUGAGGCGUCGCAACACACCUCGCGCAUGGAAAUUUAUUCUAUAUGAGUACACAAUUUAGUUCGCGAAUAAAAAAAACCGUACCUGACUACGGCAGUUUGUUGAAA